UCCACGGGAGGGGCCGACAGAAAAUGGCGAGUCUGUGCAAAAGGCAGCAAUGCACGGUAGAGAGGCGAGGCUUUCGGCAGGAACUUGACUCUUGGAGGCACAAACUCAUUCACUGUGUAGGCUUUGAAAGCAUCUUGGAAGGCUUGUUUGGGCCGGGACUAGUCAACGAUAUCACCCUAUUCCAAGACUGCGAGCCUGAGGAAGUGUCUGACUGGUCCUUCGAUGAAAACUGUCUCUUCUGCUGCUUAAGACGCGAGAAAGUGAAGGAGCACAGCGCAGAGAAGGGUGGAGGCAGCCAGGUGCUGUCGGAGCAGUCUCGGAUCAGCCGGCUGGAGAGACAGGCCCAAGACUUCCUCAAUGCUGUGUUCCACAAAAAAGUGUUCAUUGUCAUGGCGGUUUAA